AUGACUGAUGGUUUUUGGUUAUUCGAAGGCUUGGAGGAAGAGCCAUAUGGGCUUUUACCUCUCGUGAAUCUAUCAGGCAAAGGUGGACCCACAAGCACUAAAUACGUAGACAGAAUUGGAAGCUACCAAUGGUAUUUACCUGACGAAAGCCCAACAAUUCUAAUCCCUGGGAUGCCUGUUGAGUCUUUCUUCUGGCCCGGAGGAAAAUUGCCGCAAGAUCAUGGAAUAGUGAUUUAUGACGUCAACCAUCUCAAGGUUCGAGACGGAUCCUUGGAUGCCGCAAUAAUCGCUGCUAAGCUUCUCUCGGAGAAAAAGAAGAAACCUAUCAAUUUUGGCCAGUUCGAUUUUAUUACAGAUGCAGUCAAUUUGCAAAAACUUUUCGCCUUCUGUCAGGAAGCUGGAGAGGGUCUGUUCCGAAUAGAUUGUGAGCGAAUUGGAAAGACUUGCAUUCUUACAAGAAUGGAAGCAUCAGAUCUCAUGGAAAUUGGUCAUGUUACAUUUGACCAAAACUUGAAGCGGAAAAUGACUCGCCCACGAGGAGCUCAUUCCACGGGACCAUUCUACCAGUUAACUGCUUACCAAUUCGGAUCGUUCAGAAUCAUGGUUCGAUUCGAAGUGGAUUGCGCUGACUACGCAGCUGCGAAGUGUUCACCAGUUGCUGUUGAUGCAUCUGAAGCCCUUCCAGAGAAGAAGAGUGCAGCUGAGAACGCAAAUUUGCAGAUAGUAGAAUAUGGUCAGAUGCCUCGAGAUGUCCCGUUACAACUGAUCACUACAUAUCCUCAAGGAGCAGGAUUCCCCUUCUUCACGUGGGCGCAGCUUUUCUUCACUAAUGCUGAUCAGGAAAUCGUCGGGUGGUUCAAAGGAAACGGUGAUUUCGGCAAACCGUCAUUCUACUCGCAACAGGAUAUUUCAAAAAUGAUGAAGCCUCUACCUUACGUUACGCUUAGCAAAGUUCACGAUUGCCUUGACAAAAUCCACAAAUUCCUCACAAAGAACGACCCCGAAUUCCGAUGUGGUCUCAUAUGGAAAGGGAAAAAUCACCUCGAAAUCUUUGCUAAGGAUCCUGCAGCCAACGGAGGCAUUUCUAAAGGAGUUCGAGAAUUUCUCUCCACUCAAUGCAAGGAUUCAGUAGAAGAAGGGAAAAAGGAGUGA